AUGUACAACCCUGUGCUCGGAGUUGACCUUGAAGCAGACUCUUCAGAAUAUGAACAGUCAAAGCAAUUGGUUCAAUCAUUCAACUAUCAUAUUGACGUAGCAAAGAGAGUGGUGAAUGCUGAGUUGUCAGCCAUGAAUAAAUUAGGGGUAAUCGAUGCAGUCCUCACCAAUGAUAGCCACAUAUUCCCCUUUGGUGUGAAAUGUGUUCUUUUAGUCAACAGUGAUAAUUGGGUACAUAGCACCAAAUCAACCCCUACAAAUCUUGCAAUUGAUAUAUAUUGUGCCAAGAUUAUAGAACAACAACUCGGGAUACAGGAAGAUGGGUUCAUUCUGCUUGCCCUGCUCCUCGGAAGUGAUUUCAAUGAGGGAGUUCAUGGUGUUAGCAUGAAAACUGCAGUUGCACUAGCGAGACACGGAUUCGGAAAAACUCUUCUUCAUAAUUAUCACCAGUUCUCACAGGUUCCUGAGCUGCUCAACAAUUUUUUCAUUCAACUCAAUCAUGAAAUCGCCGAUGAAAUUGAGCUGAAUACCAGCAAAAACUUGCAUCCACAGAGCCCAAGGAGGGCACACGAGUUCCUUGAUGCCGACUUUCCAUCUGUUGAUGCUUUGGAAGGCCUAAAAAUAUUCACGGAACUUGUCACUCACCCUUCCCCUCCAACUCCGAGUUGCCCAUUAACCCCGAAAUGGCCUUAUAAUGUACCGCACAUCUCGAAUAUAGCAGCAUUUUGCACAACACACUUACGUUGGAGCUCAGAAUUUAUGUAUCAAGAAUUCCACGCAAAACUAUACAGAGGAGUUAUCAUCCGUAUGCUUUGCUCCAAACACGUAGCUUACAAUGUGCUAAAUGGAGAACUGCUUGUUCCAGUCCUGCAAAGCUCCUUUAAUUUUGACCAUUUUGGAAGGCCUUUUGCGUUCACCCUCUCUACAACAAUUAUCGGAACAAAUCCUUCUGCUCUUUGUGGUAAGAAAGUGUGCAACUCUGUCCGUGUUGAAUUUAACACGUCCUUCUUCGACGUUGUUACUGGCACUGUUAUUCUAAACCAUGUACCACAGACUGUCGGGGUCACUAUUCCUAUUUUCAUUAUUGCGAAGGCCACACGACAAAUUGUAGAUAGCUGA